GUUGAAUGUGCUGACUCAUCCAAAGGUCACCCCCACUUUGGCUUCAAUUGUUCAAUUGAAUUUCAACUCCACGCAUUUCGAUCGUUCUCUUCAGACCCCCAUUCUACAUUAUCGACCGCUUGCUCAUAUAAACCCAUGCGGUUAGCAGCCUUCGGAAAUAAUGGCUUCCACCGAAACAAAAAACACCGAAUUUCCCUACACUCUGACAAUCUCCCUCCCCCUCCCUACAAACCGCCUCGCUACAUCUGCCCUCCGUGCCACCGAAGUUGAUACCGAACUAUCCCCGUUCGUCCAACGUAACAUGACCGUAACCAGCCCCAAGGGAAACCAAACAGAUACCGGAGAGGCAAAGACUGUACUGGAGAUCACAUAUCGUGCAACCACAAACCGGAUGCUGCGUGUGGCUGUGAAUGGGUUCAUGGAAAGCUUGGGAGUCGUUUUGGGCGUUAUGGAGGAGUUGGAUGUGGACGUGUUGGAAGCUGAGGGGUUGGAGAAAUGAACCCAAGAUCGUAAUGGAUAAUAUUUCUGUCUCGCAUUGGCUGAGAACGGAUAGAAAUCAUGCAACGGCUAGGAUUAUGGGUUCUUUCUCAACCAAUGACGAACGUCGGAGUUGCGAUCGGCUAGACAUUCUCCAUGAGAGUAUGAGUUCGAGCAUAUUCUCUAGUGUCAUACAAUGAGGCUCAUUGGUGUCGAUGGGAGAAACGGCGCCCGGGGUGGAUGGGGGAGCGUGAGUGGAUCCCCCAACUCGACCUGGAAGGUCUAGUUAGCAUUGCUCGGAGAGCCCCCGGGCGUUCUAGCAUUAUAUCUGCUUGAGACCCCAGAUAGGGAUGCAGAAGCGGGGACUCCCUGUAGUGUAUAUUCGCUACAAUGUGUGUCAUCUAUCAUAUGUGUGCCUAAGCUCAUAAGGAUGUAUCGGAUUCGAGAUGUCCGACACCUUAUCCUGCAUAUAAUUU